AUGGUCUUCGCCGAGGUUGUUCACGACAAACACGUCCUUCCCUCUCCCUACCCUCUCGCGCCGGUGGUUCUUUCACACGUCUGUUUGUGGUGGCGUGGAGUCGCACUGUCAACCUCAAGUCUCUGGACACGUAUCACGAACCUUUCCCAGACCGCGCUGGAUCAGUAUCUGUUCCGGUCUGGGAAUAGUCCUCUGACUGUAUGGGCGAAGUUCGAGCGCAGCCAGGUCCACAGUCUCGCCAUCGCGAUACUUCUCAUAGAACGAGCCCACCGCUGCAAGGAGUUGCAUUGGACCGACUAUUCGAAGGCCUCUAUCGUCAACAUCGGUGCCUUUACCACGAUGUCACAAGCUCGCUUUGCCGUGUUGCAAGAAUUGGAGCUCGCGUCUCAGGAGUAUAUAUCCCCCGCCAAUAUUGUUCCCUUCACAAGGGGUGAACGGCCUCUCCACACUAUCUCCUUCCCUGCUUUACGCAGCCUCUCCCUCUGUCGAAUAGAUCCUGUGGUGCUGCGUUCGGGACCUAUGCCUGAACUGCGCACACUCAAACUCCAGGAGGUUGAGCUUCCCAUGUCUCAGCUGCUGAACAUGAUAUCUGCGAGUCCUCAUCUUGAGUACUUGACGCUAUUCACCACCGCUACAAUUAUCGACGUCCACCCUGUGGUGGGGAGUGGCUCAUCAAGCAAUCAGGCGCUCCCCAACUCCGCCGUCCGACAACUCAAACUCCCCAUUCAUGAACUUCUCUGGGACCUCGCGCCGAUUACGGACUUCUGGCGACUCUUCCAGUUCAUCGACAUGCCAAGCCUUCAAACACUGGGUAUCUCCUUCCCUGCGGAUCAAGACCUGCAACGCUGGGUGCAUCUCUUUGGGGACGUGCAUGCCUUUGCUCCUGACGAGGCCCCUGAGGUCCCUAUAGAGUUUCCAGAGCUGCGCAGUCUCACCGUGGAGUUCGACAUCCUCGAUCCUUCGCAACCGCCGUCCCAAUUCGCGCACAUCUCAUACCCCAAUCUCGAGGAGCUGCACGUAGCCUACAAACACCGUACCCGAGAUUUUGCCUCGUACGCCGCGUUCCCGACCCCCUCUGAGCACCCGCUCUUCCAAGAGCGGAAUUGGGACAACCUCAGACGUCUGUACCUCACCCACACCAAAAUCAACGCCGAGGGCCUGUGCGAGCAUCUCGCGUACGACCUGCCCUCGCUCGACUACCUGGGCUUCGACAGCUGUCCCGGGGCGGGCACGGUCGUCUGUGCGCUCGCCUGCCCUACCGACCCGUGCUUGCACGACCACCGACGGCCCUCUUCAGCGCACACCGACUGGCUCUGUCUACGCCUGGCCAUUCUCGCUCUCAUCGACUGCGACGACGUACGCAUCGACUGUGUGCGGAACGUGAUCGAGACUCGUGCCUUCGCCGCGUAUGGGGUGCACGACGUCCAGGCCCGCUCUGCCUGGGGCUCGUCGGCGUUCAUGAGCCACGUUGACAAGCAGGAGAACACGCCUUGUCCGCUCGAGAUGCUGCAGAUCUACCGCUGUGCCAAGGUCACGGAGGCCGGGCUGCGGCUGCUGGAGUCCCUUCCAGGGGCGCCGGAGAUCGUAUUCAAGAAUCAGGUUAUCAAGGAGAACGCCUGAGGGGGGUCACUGCUUCAUCGCAGUCAGCGUAGUAUGUGGUAUAUCAUAUGUCGAUUAC